AUGGGUUUCAACUUGAAGAAGAUUACGAGAAAGAAGACUUUGAUUGGACUUGGCUUAGGACAGAUCCUCUCUCUUCUUGUUACUGCUAAUGUGUUUACAUCUUCUGAGCUAGCUAGAAAAGGAGUUAAUGCUCCAACAUCACAAUCGUUCUCCGGUUAUUUGUUAUUGGCAAUCGUCUAUGGAAGUAUCAUGCUGUAUCGAAGACCAACUAUUAAGGCCAAGUGGUAUCACUAUUUCCUCGUUGCUUUAGUUGAUGUGGAAGCAAACUUUCUUGUGGUGAAGGCGAAUCAGUACACAUCGAUAACGAGUAUAAUGCUGCUUGACUGUUGGGCGAUCCCUUGUGUUUUGGUCUUGACUUGGGUUUUCCUCAAAACAAAAUACAGAUUUAAGAAGAUCAGUGGCGUGGUAAUCUGUAUUGUUGGUGUUGUCAUGGUAGUUUUCUCUGAUGUUCACGCAGGGAGUCGAGCGGGAGGAAGUAAUCCUGUGAAAGGUGAUCUUCUUGUUUUAGCUGGAGCAACUUUAUAUGCUGUUAGUAACACCACCGAGGAGUUCCUUGUGAAGAGUGCAGACACAGUUGAGCUGAUGAGUUUUAUGGGAUUAUUCGGCGCCAUUAUUAGUGCCAUUCAGAUAGGAAUAGUUGAACGCGGUGAGCUCAAAGCUAUUCACUGGUCAGCUGAGGCGGCUUUUCCUUUUGUUAGAUACGCAGUCACGAUGUUUCUCUUCUACUCAAUACUCCCGGUUUUACUCAAGACCAAUGGUUCAACAAUGUUCACACUCUCGUUACUCACAUCAGACAUGUGGGCGGUUUUGAUACGCAUUUUUGCCUACCACGAGAAGGUGGAUUGGCUCUACUACUUGGCAUUUGCUACUACAGCUAUUGGAUUGAUCAUAUACUCAAUGAAGGAGAAAGAUCAAGAGGAGCAAAGAAAUGGAGAAGUGGUAAAUGCGGAGGCUGAGCGGAGGAAGCUGUUACACGAGGAGGAUGGCGAGCCGCCUAGUGUCUGA